GCGCAGUCGCCUGCCUUGUGGCUGGAGCCUUGGAAGCAGAGAUCUUUGCGUAGAUGAGGGACGAGUGCUCCGCUCCUUCUUCGGGCAAAGCAACAAUAUAUCCCGCCUAGCCGAGCUCACUUCAGAUUUGCAGCAGCAACUCCCAAGCAAGCCAAGCGGCACGCACCAACCCCGCCAUAGCCGGCCAAUGUAUUCUUCUUCGCCUGCUUGGGAGAAGAGCAGCAACGAGGAGAAGCCGCUCUGCGGGAGGUUUCACAAGCCAGUCAGGACCCCGCACUGAUGGCAGCCGUCCAUCUCGUGCUCCUGCUCGUUGCGCUUCUCGGCGGCUGGGCCACCGCGUCGCCGUCGGCGGCGAACGAGACGCACAAGUUCCGGCCCGGCGAGGAGCUCCAGCGGUACAGGAGGGUGCAAGCGCUGCUCAGGAGGCUCAACAAGCCGGCUCUCCGGACGAUCCAGAGCCCCGACGGCGACCUCAUCGACUGCGUGGCGGCACACCUGCAGCCGGCGUUCGACCACCCAAGGCUGCACGGCCAGCGGCCAUUGGACCCGCCAGUGAGGCCAAAGGGGCACCACCGCCGCCCCAAUGACACGGCGGACGCCGGCGUCCAGCUGUGGGCGGCGUCCGGCGAGUCGUGCCCUGAGGGGUCGGUGCCGGUCAGGCGAACCACGGAGGCGGACGUGCUCCGGGCCAGCUCCGUGAGGAGGUUCGGCAGGGCGCCCGCGGCCAGGGUGCGGCGCGACUCCGUCGCCGGCGGCCACGAGCACGCGGUGGGCUACGUGGCGGGGGACGAGUACUACGGCGCCAAGGCGAGCAUCAACGUGUGGGCGCCCAAGGUGAGCACGCCGUCAGAGUUCAGCCUCUCGCAGAUCUGGGUCAUCGCCGGAUCCUUCGGCAACGACCUCAACACCAUCGAAGCCGGAUGGCAGGUGAGCCCGCAGCUGUACGGGGACAACGCCCCCAGGUUCUUCACCUACUGGACGACGGACGCGUACCAGACGACGGGGUGCUACAACCUCCUCUGCUCGGGGUUCAUCCAGACCAACAGCAGGAUCGCCAUGGGGGCCGCCAUCUCCCCCACCUCCGGCUACAACGCCGGCCAGUUCGACAUCAGCCUUCUCGUCUGGAAGGACCCCAACCACGGCAACUGGUGGCUGGAGUUCGGCUCGGGCGAGCUGGUGGGGUACUGGCCGUCGCUGCUGUUCAGCCACCUGGCGUCGCACGCGAGCAUGGUGCAGUUCGGCGGCGAGGUGGUGAACUCGCGCGCGUCGGGGUCCCACACGGCGACGCAGAUGGGCAGUGGCCACUUCCCCGGGGAAGGGUUCGGCCGGGCGUCCUACUUCCGGAACCUAGAGGUGGUGGACUGGGACAACAGCCUCGUCCCGCUCGCCGCCGGUUUCCACGUCACCGCCGACCACCCAAACUGCUACGACAUCCAGGGCGGCGCCAAUGCCGUCUGGGGAAACUACUUCUACUACGGCGGACCAGGCAGGAACGUCAAGUGCACGUAGAGAGAGAAAUGCACGGGUCAAUGCAGAGGAGGAUACUUUUUCUUUCUUGUUUUUGUUCUUAAGGAUCUACUGUCAAUCUUUGUUGGUCUUUUCUUUUUUUUCUUCCCAAAAGUUAAUUUCUCAAAAGGGAGAAUCGAUCAUGUCCUUUCCUUUUCA